CACAGAAAGACCCCGGCCUGAUGGUGGAAUUGAACUCAGGACCGUCUUGCUGUGCGGCAACAGUGCUAACCACCGUGCCACCGUGCUGCCCUAUUAGGAUUAUAUAUAACUUUAUACCUGUGGUAAUCAUGGCAAAGUUUCUGAAGGCUGAUGGCUUCUUGAUCCGCUCAGAUUCUAGUUACUGGUUCUCACAGCGGUAAGGUAAAACAUUAACCUGCCAUGACCAUCCCACUUAAGAUCCAACUCCACAGGGCUGAGGGAGAGGAAACAUUGUUGCAAUGGCAGAUGAGUUUACAUCAACUGAGUUGGCCAUUUUUGCACCCAUCCCAGACCAGUCUUAAUGGCAGCUAGACCCCAAUGGUCAGUCAGGCCAAGCUAUGCUACAACUCAUUAUCAAGUGCUGCAUAAACUUUGAGUCUGACUUGUCUGUAAUCUGUGGGCUCGACCAGGAUUUCUGUUGCUGAGCUUAGCAGGCUGGAAUCCUCCCAAAAGUGGUGCAUUGACAGAGUUAGUGAUCAUCUUUGUUGUAAUAGGGACAAAAGACCUUAAAUGACUACUUUCUUGGGAUAAAGGAGGAUUUACGUUGACAAAGUGGUCAGUUCUGCUGCCUGACAAAAUUAAAGAAAGAGCUUUGCAAAACAAAAUUUGGAUGGGAUGAAGUAAUACUAGAAAGCAGGUUGAAACAGUGGAAAGGUUAGCUGAAUGAUUUACAGAUGGACCAUCUUUAAAUGUGGCUGUGAUAAAGUGUUAUCAUCCCUUAUGAUGAAAGAACAACCAAUUCUAGCAAGUGGGUAAUUUUCUCUCUGUAGGGACCUCUACUGGUGGAAAACCAGGUAACCAACCAGUAGAAUUAAUUCUAAUGAAAGCAGUUACGUAACUUUCAUUAUCACUACAACUAUAGCUGUCAGUUCACAUAUAUUAUCCUCAACAUAGCUCUGCAAUUUUGAAUGCUUUUAAACCAUCACCAAGAUUUUGGUGUUAUGUUACAAUGUGUUGCAUGAAGCUUGAUAACACAAGUAGAAGUUUUAUUCCUCAUGUUGGCGUUUAAGUUGCUAGUGCUGGGUUGAACUCUCGGUCACCCUCAGAGUUGCUUUCAUUCUCAUGGUAGACUCAACAGGGAAACAUUUCUCAGUGAAUCUGGUGCAUGUGAUAUUAUGACUGGACAUGAUAGUAAAUAAGUAAAACUUUAUUUGUAUAGUACAAUUUAAGAUAUAAAAUCAGUGCUUCACAACAGCCAACAGUUAAUUUAAAAAAUAAUUUAAAAAAACCCAAGAGAAAUUAAUAGAAAGCAGAUUUAAAGCAUGACAGAGUUGCUGCUGCAGUUGUGUGGAACCUGGUGUGGUUUUCUGUUGCUGUUAGCUCCUCUGUUUCAAGGUGUGAUGUGUUGUGUGUUCACGUUGAAAUGAGAAACUUUCAAAAAUACAGAUUUACAAAUAAUGUUGCUACAGUAAAAGCUUUAAUUUUUUAACUCUUUCCUUCACCUGAAUUGUUUCCAUUAGGAAUUUAAGGUGAACUUGUUCAACAAAUACAGAUACAGUCACACAAGCAGAUAUUAAAAUAACAUAAUUUUACUGAACUGAUAAGAAAAUGAGCUGUAGGUAGCGCAAAAUCCUGAUAUGAGGAAAGGAACAGAAAGGACCUACAGCCCACCAAAAAAAAAAAAAAAAAAAAAAAGAUGCGGAAGGGGGAGUGACGGUUGUAUAGAAGCACAGGGCUGACUCUGGGCGCAGGUCCAAGAAUUAGGAAAUGGGGAAAGUCACACUGCCAAGGAGGAAAUACAAGGAGAACAAACAAGGUGAGGAAUGAUUUUGAGAACAGGCAACGACGAAAGUCGAGUAAAAAAAGAACAAAAAACAUGCGGAUAGUAUUUGAGGAGCAAGAUUUAAGAAGCUCAUAAACAUUUACAGUAUUACUACUAUUUCAUUUAGAUUGUUACUUUCUUUAGAUAUUUAUGUUCACUUUUUUCUUUUUAAUUGGGUUCUUUUUCUUUCUAAUAAAGGCGUAUAGGGCAAACCGUUUUAUUCGAUUUUUCCCGAAUGAUUUCCGCUAGUAUUCUGACGUAUGACAAUGACUUGGUCACGCCCAGACAGCAAAAUCAAGUAGAAAAAUAGCAGCAGAGGAGAAGGCUCCGAGUGCACUUGCAGACGCACGGAUUCUAUUUCUCAACUGGUGUGGACAAACGGGGAACAUACUGGCCACACUUCAGCCUCGAGUUGGGAACUGGUUUCACCUCCACUGGCUGGAUGGAGCUGUUAAAACAUUUUAAAAAGAAGUUGGUUCUCGUCUUCAUCACUGCACUCUUCCUCUUUUUGGUCUUCACUAUGAAAACGCCCAGCACAUACAACUCAAUCCCAAAACCAUCUGGGCCGCCAAGUGCUUGCUCCAUGAGGAUAUCCGAGCAGACCAUCACGCCACUUAACAAUACCAAGCACUUACUGGUGUCAGCUUACAUGGACCAAAGAGUGAAGGAUUUUGAUAUACGCAUCAUUGGCAUAUUUAGGAGAGACUCCAUCCAACCCCUUCACUGCUUUUUCUGCUGUACUGGUUAUUUGAGUAAAACCACUCCAGCAACAAUUUUACAGCAUCCAGAUAACUUUGGUUUUCCCUUUGUCACUACGGAUGUCAUGUGUCAGAUUCCUCAGAACUGCAAUGCGACACAUGUCACUCUCUUGACUACACCAGACAAAGAGAGUCAGUCUACUGAUCAAUGGCUCCCAAUAAGAAACAAAGACACAAUUGGACAGAAGGAAGAAAACAUGCAGUUUGACUUCACAGUCUGCAUCUCUAACCUCUUUGGUGACUACAACAAUGUGCUUCAGUUUGCACAGACUCUGGAGAUGUACAAGUUGCUGGGUGUGAACAGAGUGGUGAUCUAUAACACCAGCUGUGGUCCAGAGCUCAAUCGCCUGUUGCAGAGUUACAGCGACGAGGGCUUUGUGGAAAUGGUUCCUUGGCCCAUUGACAAGCAUCUGAAUCCAUCUCGUGGCUGGCUUCACUCAGAGCAUGGAGGGGAUUUGCAUUACUAUGGCCAACUGACCACACUUAAUGAGUGCAUUUACAGAUCAAUGGAGCGUUCUCGCUAUGUCCUGUUGAAUGACAUUGAUGAGAUUAUAAUGCCAUACCAGCACGAUGACCUGAUGUCUUUGAUGAACACGCUCCGAAAUCAGCAUCCAAAUGCAGGGGUAUUCCUUAUUGAGAAUCAUAUUUUCCCAAAGAAACACUUUGAGCCAAGCGGACGGUUUCACCUGCCUCAGUGGAACGGGGUGCCAGGAAUUAAUAUUCUGGAGCACAUCUACAGGGAGGACCCCGCCAGAAACAUAUACCAUCCACACAAGAUGAUAGUUCGGCCAGGAAUGGUGGAGGGGACUUCAGUCCAUGAAGUGAUCAAGAAUUUUGGAGAACGCUACAAGGUUCCACUAGAUGUUUGUCGGAUCAUUCAUGUCCGUGUGGCUCUACAGGGAUCAUUAACCCUGGAGCAACUUAAUGUGGAUAAACGACUGUGGGACUUUCAGGAAAAACUCAUUCCCAACGUGGACAAGGUGUUGAAGAGGGUGGGGAUGUUGAACUUGACAUAGAACUAAUGGAUAAGAUGUACAGGCACUACGAUGGACACUUGUUAAACACAGUGAAUCAGAUCGUGAAUGAGCAUCUUUGAAUCAGGGGCAUUUGUGAAUUCAUUGUGUCAUUGUUUUCUGAAUAGUUUGCUUAUUUUGCACCAAGUGCCAGUAAAAUCCCUACACUUACCUGAAUAUGGCUUAAUUGCCUACCUUGAAUAACUACAAGCGUUUUGAAGAACACAUUGUGUGAUAUGAGUGUGACCAUUUAAAUAGUCCUUAAUAUAAAACUGUUGACUUGAAGAACUGCAAAUAUUUUAACUGUCCUACCUAUGCCACCUGAAAAGAGUAGAAACAUUUACUAAAUCCACAAUAUAACGUCCCAUAGAAUUUGCCCAGUUGUCAGGUUGGAAGAAUCAGAGAUGGGGAAAGCAUUUUUAUCUGGGGUGGCUGUAGCUCAGGAGGUAGAGCAGGUCACCUAUUAAUUGUAAGGUUGGUGGUUUGAUCCCUAUCGAGUCACCACAAUAUGCCAAGUAUUCUUUGGCAAGACAAUAACGCCAAGUGUCUCUGUAAUGUGUUAGAUAAAAAGAUCUUAGGGAAUAAAGUUUAAAUACUAUUUUGAGAGUAAAGUCAACAUGUAAAUACAAGGUCUUGAAAGACGAGGCCCUUCCUCCUAAGGUCUAAGGAUAAUGUUGGUAAUAUAAAAUUCUUAUAUAUUUUAUCAUUUGUUGUGACCUUGACCCAGUUUUCCCCAAAAUGAAAGGCUCAUGCUGUUAUUGGUAUGAACCAUCACAGUUUGAAAAUGAUAUCUUAGACCCGUACUCGCAUUCCAGCCUUUACAUUCAUUACAUAAUUUACAUUCAAUAACUAGAGACGGUUGUGUGAGAAAAGUAAAUAAGCAUUUUGUGAAAUACUCAGAACAGCCAGAUUGGCACCAACAACCAUGACACGUUCACUAAAAACACCUUUGUUCACCAUUCAAAUACUGUUUUGACUUCAGGGAGUUGUCUUGACCAUGGUCGUGUCCAAAUUCAUGGGCUGCAUCCUCCUGAGGCCGCAUUUGUAGACAGCGAUGCGCCGAAGGCUGUCCAAAUUCGUAGACUCCUCCGAAUGUAGCCGACAAAUACGUCCUCCUUUU